AUGUGUCUAUAUAUACUAUCUAUAACAAUAAAGAUGGCUAAACCAGUAAUUGGAGUUGAUGUUGGAGGUACUUAUACUGACGCUGUCAUCAUAUGUGACAAGAAAGUACUUUCAUCAUGUAAACAUGAGACUACUGCUAACAGAACAGAAGGGAUUAUCAAAGCAAUUGAAGGAGCCUUUCUCAAUCUUAAAAACAAAUCUCUGUCAGAUAAUAUCCGUUCUACCCUAUCACGUGUAUGUAUUGGUACCACUCAUUUUGUUAACGCUGUCAUUGAAAGAUCUGUUGAUAAACUAACGCCAGUUGCCGUGGUGAGGUUAUGUGGAACUGCGUCAAUUGGAAUACCACCAUUUUCAGAUUUCCCAUCAGAUCUUGCCCAGAUUAUCAAGCGAAUUGGUAAACUUGGACUAAUUGAAAGAGAAAAUGCUGCUAUUCUUAAUGAAUCUCUCAAGACAUUUGCUAAACGUACAAUAUCUGAGUUUCAAAAUGCUCUAGAAAACUUGAAUUUGAAGUGUCCAUUUUAUUUAACACAAAAUGAUGGUACACUGAUAAGUGUUGUAGAGGCUGUGGAGUAUCCAGUGUUCACUUUUUCCUCUGGUCCAACCAACAGUAUGAGAGGUGCCAUGUUUUUAUCAGGAAAGAAGGAUGGUAUCGUUGUGGACAUUGGUGGUACAACCACAGAUGUUGGAAUACUUGUUAAUGGUUUUCCUAGAGAAGCCUCAUCACAAGUCAAGAUUGGUGGUGUACGUACAAAUUUUCAAAUGCCCAACGUCAUUAGUGUUGGUUUGGGAGGUGGAUCACUGGUCACAAGAAAUAGAGUUGCUAAUGCUGUUGGUGCUAGUUUAGGUAUGGUAGCUGGUCGUUCUGAACGUGUGGAAAGUCUAUCUAAUGUUAUGACUACUAUCAAAUCAAAUGGAUCAUUUAAAGGAAGUGAUGAGGAACUUCGUCUCAAAGCUCGAGAGGUUAUUAUUCAAAGAAGUGUGGACUCAGCAAUUAAAGCUGCUCAAGAAAAAGGUGAAUGGAUCCUCAACUCAUUGGAUGUUGAAUGUAUUAGUAUUGGAGCUGGGAUAUUGGGGUGUGGGGGAGGUGGUGACCCUAACCUGGGACGUAUUAUGGCCUCAGAAAUGAUGAAUAAUGGAAAACAGAUUAGAGUUGUUGAUCCAUUAAAGAGAAUGACUAUGGGAGGAAAGGAGAAGGAUAACAUUAAACUGUCAACAAGGAAAUUAGAGAACAACCAUGAUGCCUGGAUAAUAGAUCACACAACAUUACCACAUUAUGAACUCAAAAGUACCUCUAUACCUCUAGCCAAUCGAAUUACAGGAUUGAUAUCUGCUGAAAUUGGUGGUGCUAACAUUGAGCCAUUAGUAACAGGUGCUAGAGUAGGACUACCUGUAUUGGAUGCUGAUGGAAUGGGAAGAGCAUUUCCAGAAUUACAGAUGUUCCUUCCCUUUAUUAAUGGGUUAUGCCCAUUUUCCAAGUUGUGUUAUCCUAUUACAACUGAAGAUUUAAGAUAUGGGAGGGGGUCUGUCUUAGUAUUACCAGCUGACUUUAGGACUAUUGACAGAGGAGGCUCUUCCUGUAAUCACACUUGGGAUGAAGAGUACAGACAGAUCUGUCAAGGAGUAUCUCCAGAAAUGCUCACACAAACCAAAGAUUCAUCGAGAUGUUACACGUUGUUGACAGCAUGA